UGCUGGGGGCGGGACUGAGCUGGGCUGUGCCGUGCCGCGCUGGGCGGGACUCUCCCUCCCGGAUCAGCUACACCUGUCCGGGUUGGGUGUCACGCGGCUUAGCCGCUAGUUGCCUGUCUCCUGGAUCCCCGCGGACGGUCGCACCCUCUCUCCCACCCACCACCAUGUCGGCUCCAGCUCCAAACCCCAGUCUGGGCUCUAACGCCAUGGCUUUCCCAGCUCCUCGGAUAACCUUACCCCUGGGGAUGUCGGUCCUGCAAACCUACUCUGGAGCUUUCAUUUGUUUAGAGAUUUUGUUUGGAGGUUUGGUGUGGAUUUUGGUCGCCUCGUCCAAUGUACCUGUGCCUCUGCUGCAAGGCUGGGUGAUGUUUGUUUCGGUGGUCAUGUUCCUGUGUUCCACCCUGUACCUGUGUGUGUACCUGUGUGGGCUGGCUGACCGAGUGGAUACUGACUGGAAUUUGAUUGAUUUUGUCUAUCAUUUUGUUGCCUUCGUAUUCUACUUUGGAGCAUCAGUUCUCGAAGCUGCAACAACAGCUGCAGCUGUAGAACCUGACAGGAUCAAUUCAACCACAGCUGCUGUUGUAACUGUUCUAUAUUUCCGGCAGUACAGUAUAAACGUUGUUGCUACGAUAUUCAGUUUUGUUGUUACUCUGUGUUACGCCUGCAGUUUGGGUCUUGCUUUGAGAAGAUGGAAGCUGUAAAUCACAAGAUGCGAACUGUUUGGGUGGGUGUGGAGGGCUGGAUUCAUUACCGUUGGCACAGCAUCCUUGCAAACACUGAAGUUGAUUCUGAAGAGGGGGGGUGGUCUUUUCAUAGGCCAAUUCUGUUUUAUACUGAAGUAUUUUUGCAGCAGCAAUGGUUUUUGUUUAUAAAUUAGUAGCUUUUUUAUGAUCAUUUUCAGUGUUAAGUUCAGAAGUUUGUGAAAUAGAAUAAACUAGUUUCCACUUUAUCUGAACGUUGGGUGCUGAGUGUUAUCCAAAUAUUUAUAGUUUCAUAAACACAAUAUUCCAAUACUAGUAAGAGCAGGAGUUCAUUUACUGUAAACCUAUCUUCAGGAAAAUUAAAAACUCAAGGGAUUAGCUGAAAAAAAAUCAGAUUUCCUGUUUGGAGCACUCCUUAUUUCUUUUAAAAAUGCUAAUCAGUUUCAUUUUGUAAUUAAGACUGAUCAUUUAGAAGUAAACAUUUCUAAUUUUGCAAAGUUAAAAAUCUCAACACCAGGUUAUAGUCCAACAGGUUUAAUUGGAAGCACUAGCUUCGGAGCACUGCUCCUCCUUC